AUGACUGAACAACCCAUGAACCAGCCCAAUGGCAUGGUAAACAGGAAUUAUACCAUACUUGUAUCCAUCAAACUAGCACCCGAACUGACAAGUUCUUUGAAGGCUAUUACCACCGAGGAAUUUCUUCAACUGGAAAAUUCACUGCAGAAUGACCAACUACGAGUUCUCACCGACCGUAUAAGCCACUUCGAGCAACAGAUAUCAGCAUCAAGCAGGAUCAACUAUAAAAUUAUGAAGCUUACCACUGAAAUAUCGACGCUUACCGAAAGACUGAUGGAGCUUAAUGAGCUCCAGAAACUCAUCGAACGAGGCAUGUGUGAUAUUGCUAGUUUAGAAGGGCAAUGA